AUGAGUCGCCAAAUUGAGCAAGCGUUGCUCUCAUUAAUGCCGACUUAUGGCUCUGAUCUACCACCGCAACUUGUAGAACUGGCAGGUUCUUUACUUGCCCAGUCUCGGCAUCGAGCAAGUACUCUUAAGACAGAGGAAGAGAUCGCCAGAUUAUACGCAUGCGCAAAUAUUGCCUGUGACCGUCUAAAAAUCCCCCUUGAUCUUCCACCCAUCGAACCACGACCACCAAUUCCGCCUCGUAUCUACAAGCGCCUCUACACUCAUCUUGAUAACAUCCUUCCAAGCGGUGCCUCGACUCCCAGCAGAAAUGCUGCAGGACGAGUCAAGACACCGAGUUCGAGGUUUCGUGAUGCUGAUGGCUCACCUUCUGGAUCACGACCAUUGCCAUCAAGAGCAACCCCAACUAAAGAGCAAAGUCUCGCACAGUUCAGGACGCCGACAAAAGGGGUGAAUGGGGCGAAUGGGACACCGUCAAAAUCUACAAUGAAGCGAGAAACUUUUACACGCGCUAACCUGCAUGCCUGGGUUCAACCUGUCGCUCGAUGGAUAUGUGAGGAAACAAACCACAAGAACCUCGCUCCUACGAUUCUGGCUGGCAUGGAGAUCAUAUUGACGCCUGAAGGGCGUCGAACAGGAGACGAGUGGGUUUUGAAGAAUGUUACAGCGCUGUUUGCCACUAUCUACUUUUUCGUGACCAUGCGAGUUAAAGCGCUUGCUACUGGGGAAGGUGUCGACCGAGAAGGAUACGUUCCUAUACGAAAAGAGAUCCUCAUUCUACUCACCAGAGCACGACAGGAAGUCAUUAUUAAGAACUCACCAGAGGAAACCGCUUGGGAAGCAUGGGCAGAUAUCAAGUCCAAGGAUUUCGACGACGCUGUUGCUAAAGUUAACGAACAAUCAUGGCUCACUGGCGACUGGUACCAAGGCAUCACAGAUGUUGUCAAGGUGGGCCAGAGAGGUUAUCUCGAAGACGCUGGGGUGUUCGAUGGCGAUAGCAUGCCAAAAAUGCACAUCAAGAAAGCAGACACCAUGUUUCAAGACAAAUACGACUUUCUCAGCGAAGCUAAGCGGAGGGAUUACGUGCACUGGAAGGAGGAUAUGCUCGCCAAAAUUGCUCUAUCGACCACGACAGGUGCUGCCAUGGAGUUAGAUACAUAA